CCCUCUCCCAUAUUGAAUAGAAAAAAAAAAAAAAAAGUUUUUCAAAGAAAGAAAAAGAACAAAAAUGGAGGAAGAGAAGGGAGUGGUGAAACAUGUCUUUAUAGCAAAGUUCAAGGAUGGAACUUCACCAGCCCAAAUUGACCAUCUCAUCGGAGAAAUGGCUAACCUCGUCAACCUCGUUGAGCCAAUGAAAUCUUUUCAAUGGGGGAAGGAUGUGAGCACCUGGAACAAGAACCAAGGUUUCACUCAUGUGUUUGAAUGCAUCUUUGAGAAUAUGGAGGGUGUCUCAGAGUAUGUUGCUCAUCCUGCCCACGCUGAAUACGCAAAGGCUCUCCUUCCUAACGUGGAGAAAUACCUGGUGUUUGACUACAAAGUCUCUAGCUAAGACACUCAUCUACAAUCCUGCUGCAGCUUCAUCAUCUCUGAACAGAUUCAACUCGUUUGAUUUGAUUGAACAUUUGUCUAUGCAUCCGCAAUAAAAUGCAAAGCUGAUGGCGAUGAAACUUUAUUUAUUUGAAUUUAUUUGAAUCUAAGUGUGUUUCUGUUAUUCAUA